UUAAAACAAUUUUAUUAGUUUCCAUAGUUGCUAAACUAUUUAGUAAACUAACGUAUCAAGGGUAAGAGACUUGAUUUCAAUGAAAAUUCACCGGGAAGUUGAGUUUUAAACCCUGAGUUCCACAAACGAAAACCAAUAAGCCUCAGUCUCUUCUUCUUCUUCUUCCUCUUCUCCCUCUGAAAAAAAUUCCACGACAACCAAAGAAAUAACAAAAACACAAACAAGAGAUCAAAGCAGAAACCACAUGAAGCAAGAGAUCAACCACGAACCCAGCGGCGAACCCAGUUGGUGAACCCACGAACCAGGCGGCGAAACCCACGAACCUGUGUAAUCCUCAGGCGAAGGUCGUUUUCCCUCUGUUUCACUCUUUUUUAUUUGUGCAGAGCACACACAACACACACUGUGGGUCUCUGUCGAAUCAAAUGGAAAGCGAAGGCAGCAACAUCAGCAACGACAACAAGGAAAACAAGCAGUGGAGAGCAGAAGAAGCGAUAGCAGGAAACGCUGAAGCCCUUCAGGCACUCAGAGAGCUCAUCACUUUUCCUCUCUAUUACUCUUCACAAGCUAAAAAACUCGGUCUUAAAUGGCCCAAAGGUUUGCUUCUCUAUGGUCCACCAGGCACUGGAAAGACAAGUUUGGUACGGGCAGUUGUUCAAGAAUGUGGUGCACAUUUAAUCAUUAUCAGUCCACACUCUGUUCAUAGAGCACAUGCUGGAGAAAGUGAGAAAGUUUUGCGGGAGGCAUUUUCAGAGGCAUCAUCCCAUGCAAUGUUGGGCAAGCCAUCAGUUAUCUUUAUCGAUGAAAUCGAUGCACUCUGUCCUCGUCGUGAUUUUAGAAGGGAGCAAGAUGUUCGUGUAGCCUCUCAACUCUUUACACUAAUGGACUCCAGUAAACCUUCCUCAAAUUCGGCACCACAAGUUAUCGUAGUUGCCUCCACUAACAGAGUGGAUGCAAUUGAUCCUGCACUAAGAAGAUCAGGGCGCUUUGAUGCUGAAGUUGAAGUUACUACACCUACUGAGGAGGAACGCCUUCAAAUUCUCAAGCUCUACACAAAGAAGGUUCCUUUAGAUCCCAAUGUUGACUUAAGGACCUUAGCUGCAUCUUGCAAUGGCUAUGUUGGGGCUGACUUGGAAGCUUUAUGUCGUGAGGCUACCAUAUUUGCGGUCAAAAGGUCUUCUGAUGCAAAUGAAGAUGCCAGUGUGCUCAGCUUAACAAUUGAAGACUGGGAACAUGCAAAAACCAUAGUUGGGCCCAGCAUAACAAGAGGUGUUACUGUGGAAAUCCCAAAGGUGACUUGGGAAGAUAUUGGAGGACUAAAAGAUUUGAAGAAAAAGCUCCGGCAAGCUGUUGAGUGGCCUAUUAAACAUUCUGCUGCAUUUUCAAGGCUGGGAGUAUCUCCUGUACGAGGAAUUCUUCUCCAUGGGCCUCCAGGAUGCUCAAAAACGACCCUUGCUAAAGCUGCAGCUCAUGCCGCCCAAGCUUCUUUUUUUUCCCUGAGUGGUGCAGAAUUGUAUUCGAUGUAUGUUGGAGAGGGAGAAGCUUUGUUGCGGAACACAUUUCAGAGAGCUCGCCUUGCAGCACCAAGCAUAAUAUUCUUUGAUGAGGCUGACGUUGUUGCUGCUAAACGGGAAUUCUUGUUUUGGCUGCUACAAAUCGUCCUCACGCAAUUGAUGCUGCACUUAUGUGCCCUGGACGCUUUGAUCUGGGAAAGGAACACUGGCAUAUGGGAUGAGGUGUCUGUAUCAAUAACUAAGACAAGUUUGGUACGGGCAGUUGUUCAGGAAUGUGGUGCACAUUUAAUCAUUAUCAGUCCACACUCUGUUCAUAGAGCACAUGCUGGAGAAAGUGAGAAAGCUUUGCGGGAAGCAUUUUCAGAGGCAUCAUCCCAUGCAAUGUUGGGCAAGCCAUCAGUUAUCUUUGUCGAUGAAAUAGAUGCACUCUGUCCUCGUCGUGAUUUUAGAAGGGAGCAAGAUGUUCGUGUAGCCUCUCAAUUCUUUACACUAAUGGACUCCAGUAAACCUUCCUCAAAUUCUGCACCACAAGUUGUCGUAGUUGCCUCCACUAACAGAGUGGAUGCAAUUGAUCCUGCACUUAGAAGAUCAGGGCGCUUUGAUGCUGACGUUGAAGUUACUACACCUACUGAGGAGGAACGCCUUCAAAUUCUCAAGCUCUACACAAAGAAGGUUCCUUUAGAUCCCAAUGUUGAUUUAAGCACCAUAGCUGCAUCUUGCAAUGGCUAUGUUGGGGCUGACUUGGAAGCUUUAUGUCGUGAGGCUACCAUAUUUGCGGUCAAAAGGUCUUCUGAUGCAAAUGAAGAUGCCAGUGUGCUCAGCUUAACAAUUGAAGACUGGGAACAUGCAAAAACCAUAGCUGGGCCCAGCAUAAAAAGAGGUGUUACUGUGGAAAUCCCAAAGGUGACUCGGGAAGAUAUUGGAGGACUAAAAGAUUUGAAGAAAAAGCUCCGGCAAGCUGUUGAGUGGCCUAUUAAACAUUCUGCUGCAUUUUCAAGGCUGGGAAUAUCUCCUAUACGAGGAAUUCUUCUCCAUGGGCCUCCAGGAUGCUCAAAAACAACCCUUGCUAAAGCUGCAGCUCAUGCCGCCCAAGCUUCUUUUUUUUCCCUGAGUGGUGCAGAAUUGUAUUCGAUGUAUGUUGGAGAGGGAGAAGCUUUGUUGCGGGACACAUUUCAGAGAGCUCGCCUUGCAGCACCAAGCAUAAUAUUCUUUGAUGAGGCAGACGUUGUGGCUGCUAAAGGAGGUGGAAGUUCAAGCAGCAACAUUACAGUUGGAGAGAGGCUUCUAUCUACUUUACUAACUGAAAUGGAUGGUUUAGAAGAGGCUAAAGGAAUUCUUGUUUUGGCUGCUACAAAUCGUCCUCACGCAAUUGAUGCUGCACUUAUGCGCCCUGGACGCUUUGAUCUGGUUCUAUAUGUACCAGUACCCGAUCUAGAAGGUCGGUACGAGAUACUUCGUGUACAUACACGUAGUAUGAAAAUAGGACCGGAUGUUGAUCUCAGAAGAAUAGCAGGAGAUACCGAAGUUUUCACAGGAGCUGAACUGGAGGGUCUGUGUAGGGAAGCUGGAAUUGUUGCUUUGAGGGAAGACAUUACUGCUACUGUUGUGUGUGAUCGGCAUUUCCAGAUUGUUAAGGAUUCUUUGAAGCCCGCAUUAACAAGGGCAGAAAUUGAUUCCUAUGCAUUGUUUAUGAAAAACCCUUCUGUGAAACGCUAUAGUGAGUUUGUAUCUAGUAUCAAGAAUGAUAGCAAGCACAAAAAAGAAACAUUGGGUCCAUUAUUUACUCUAAAAGUUGGUGUUGUAAGCUUUAUCUUACUUGCUGCUAAAUAUUUUCUCACUAGUACAGAUCAAACCCUACUUGGACUAGCUACUACCUGAAGAAUUUGCUGGAGAUGUAUGCUAUUUUUUUGUUAUAAUUA